AAUGCUAAUAUUCGUAACUGCAUGUCAGGUUUGGUUAGGAAUUUUUGUUGACACCUGCCAUGUAUAAAGAAAAGCAUAUCUGAAAAAGUAUACAUGAUUAUAUGAUAUUAAUUAAUGUAUCGAUACAUUCAGUCAAGAGCUACUUUAAUAAAAGCUACUUGUCUUAUAUUUAAAUCAAAUUUCAUAAUGAAGAGAACUGUACGUAAAACACGUGAAGUAAAAACGAUAAUUGAGUUAAGUGACUCUGAAGACGAUAAUCACAUUGUUGUAAGUGAUGAUGAUUAUGUUCCGGAAAAGAAAGUUUCAAAAACAAAUCAAGGAAAAAAAAGAAUUAAGGAAGAUAGUACGAAUGCAGGUAACAAAAGGAAAAAACUUAAAAUAGCAAAGGAGGAGCAAAUAAAAAUAGAAUGUGAGGAUAAAAGUACAGAAAUAAAGCCUACACAUGUAGAUGAUGCCAAAGAAUCAAUAGAUUUAAAAAAGAAGGUACAAAGUAAAGGUACAAAAAGUAAGAAGGUAGCGGCACAACCUAUUGAUAAAGAAAAUAUUAAAGAGUCAUUAAAAAAUAUACAUUUUAAUUCCACUAAAUGUCAAGAAUGGACUGAUGUAGAUUAUGUUUGUGAGACUAAUAAUAUUGAUAGGCAUAUUGCUGAUAAUGUUAUAAAGCUUUUCAAUGAUAACAACACAAUUCCAUUCAUUGCAAGAUAUAGGAAAAAUAUGACUGGUGGUAUGGAACCAGAUAAACUAAGAGCCUUAAAAGAGAGUCUUGAAUGUGCUCGAUUAAUUAAACAACGUGCUGCUACCAUAUUAAAAAAUAUAGACAAAGUAGCAGGACAAUGGUCACCAAGUAUACAUGCUGCCAUUGUAUCUGCUAAAUCCAUGGAUGAUUUAGAACAUAUAUAUUCCCUUUUUAAACCAGAGUCUAAGCAGUCAUUAGCAGAGAAAGCUAGAAAAUUAGGUUUAGGUCCUAUUAGUGAUUCUAUAUUACAUGGUCAACCAUUACCUUACUUAUCAUCUCUGAUUGUUCCUGACAAAGAUGGUUUAAAAACUGAACAACAGAUUAAAGAUGGUAUCAUACAUAUAAUAGCAGAUAUUAUAAAUAAAGAUAAACUGGUAUUUGACAAAGUCAAGGAACUCCAAAACGCAACAGUAAUAAAGAUAAAAACUACUAAAUGUAAAAGCCAUAAAUCUACAGAUGAUAAAGAAGGAAAGGAUACUGACAGAAAAUAUGAAAUGUAUUAUGACUUUGAUACAAAUACUACAAUUAUUAAACCUCACCAAAUAUUAGCUAUUAAUAGAGGAGAAGCACAAAAAAUUCUAAGUGUAAAACUAACUUUGCCUGAUUUUUUUGAAAGAGGAUUUCACACGUUUUGUUAUAAAUUAUAUAGGCAAGCUAUGGCAGUAUCCCAGCUACACACUGAAAUAUUAAAUAAUAGUAUUGACUAUGCUUAUACAAAAUUUGUUAAACCAUUAGUAAUACGACGCGUCCGUAAUGAACUGAAACAGAAAGCUGAAACUGCAUCCAUAGAAGUUUUUGUAACUAAUGUUAAACAAUUACUUCUCACUCCACCAGUUCGUGGAAAAAUUAUACUUGGUAUAGAUCCUGGAUUUCAUCAUGGUUGUAAGUUAGCAGCAAUUUCUGAGCAUGGAAAUGUACUUGAAACAAGUAUAAUUUAUCCACAUAGCAAAAGGAAAAACUCCUAUGAGGAAGCUGCUAAUUCAUUAGUAAAUUUAGUGAAUAAGCAUAAAUGUACAAUUUUAGCAUUGGGUAAUGCUACAGCAUGCAGAGAAACGGAAUCUUUUUUAAAUACAUUAAUUAAAUCUAAGGCUUUUGGUUCAAUAGAUGUUUCAUAUACAAUAGUUGACGAAUCAGGAACAUCAAUAUACAGCUGCAGUGCAGAAGCAAAAUCAGAAUUUCCUAAUCUUGAUGUAAAUGUAGUUUCUGCUAUUUCUAUAGCAAGACGUUUACAGGAUCCACUUGCUGAAUUAGUGAAAGUAGAACCUAAACAUUUGGGUGUAGGAAUGUACCAACAUGAUUUGCCAGAGAAACAGUUAUUAACAGCUUUAAAUGAAGUAGUUUCAGAGGCUGUAAGUUUUGUAGGAGUGGAUGUGAACACUGCAUCUCAAUGUCUUCUAAAAAGAGUUGCUGGUUUAAACAUAGCCAGAGCAAAAAAUAUCAUACAAUCAAGAAUUGAAUUAGGAGCAUUUAAGAACAGACAACAGUUGCUAGAUGUUAAAGGAAUUGGAAAGAAAGUAUUUGAACAAUGUGCUGGUUUUAUUAGGAUAUUACCAGAAACUUCAAUGAUAAACACAGUAAAACCUAAAGAUUCAAAAAAAUCUGAGCAUACUUUUAAUUUAUUGGAUCAAACUUGGAUACAUCCUGAAUCAUAUGGAGUAGCUGAACGAUUUUUACAAUAUUGUGAUUGCAAUCUGGAAAAUCUUGGAACUGCAACGUUCAUUGAUAAGAUAAAGUCGCGUGCUGAAGAAGGAUAUGCCUUACUGGCGGAGAAGUUUGAUACAAACGAGACAACGAUGGAAAUAAUAGUGAAAGGCUUGUCCAUGAAAAAAGAUGAAGAUAUAAGGUUCAAAUCCGCUAGUCCCCUGUUUCGGAAGAACAUGCUUAGUAUUAAUGACAUAAGUGUCGAUAUGGUAUUAACCGGUGCGGUACGGAAUGUCACACAUUUCGGGGCAUUUGUAGACAUAGGAGUAGGUAGAGCUGGUCUCAUACCUACUAAAUGGUUAAACAAUUCUUCUGUCUCUGUAGGUCAACACGUAGAAGUGCAGGUAGUUUCAGUAGAGCUGGCUCGUAGUAGGAUUAGUUUAAAAUUAAUUAACAUUUUAUGAUCUGUUGUAUGUUUGUAUAUGACAUUUUACAUAAUCUCUAAGUUUGUACUUAAUCUUUUUUGUAAUCAUUUUGAGAAUAAAUUCUAUUUUUGACAUAAACCAAUUUCUUUCACGGAACAUAAAACUAAAUAUGAAGGAUGGUCCGAUGUGCAUCGGUAAUUUACUGUUUUCCUCUUGUAGAUUAAAGUUUCCCGAAAACUAUGAAUAAACAUUAGCGCAAGAAAUAUUACAUUCUGGACCUAUUGUGUGCAUAAUAUUUCACGCACGACUCACUGCGAGUUGACAACUAAUAAUAAAUUGUUCCUCAUCGUUAUUGCGCGUUGACCUGGAAUUAAUCAAUCCACCGAAUAAUAUACAAUACAUUUAUGCAAGUGUUUGCUUCAA